AUGUAAAGUGGAAGCACUUUAUCACUAUGAUGUCUAAAGGCCAAACAGACGAAACUAAAACCUGGAUGAAUAGGGGUCAGUGGGUCAGGUAGCAAGUGGAGAUAAAUGAAAGAUUUUCCAAGUAAUCAGCUCAGCUCAGUUUUAAAACAAACACAUUUAUCAACAUAGCUCUUACAUGUACUGAACGAUACUGUGAACAAGCUCGUGAACAUUUAUAGGAAAACGUGAAGAGUAGCUCCACAACCGCCACUGCACUCUUCAUUUUUUGAAUGAAAAAGGUAUUGAGGAAGUACAAAGUCUAAUCGUUAUCAUGACUCGAAAGUGUUAGUGAGCGACACAUUGAACAAGGAUAGUGUGAAAAACUAGCGGGUGGCCGGUCAUGAAGACGGAUAACUACAACCUUAUUACCAAUGGGGAUUCCAUCCCUACUGUUAACCAACUCACGCCUCUGACAUCAUCUUUAUCAACAAAACCACAACAGAAAAGCACAGCAGCGACUGCGAACAGCAAGGUCGUCAAAAUCGUCGUCGCUGCCUGCUGUGCUGUAUCUCUGACAUGUAUUGUUGUUGCAGUGUACGAAGCCAAGCACUCGGGGUGCAGGCAGGAAAGCCUCGGGUGUCUGAAUUGCUGGAACCAGUCUUGCAGCCUUGAAACUAAUUUUUGUCUUCAUGGCUGUACACCUGGCUGGCAAGGGAGUAAAUGCAACGAAGAGUGUCCAGUUGGGUCCUACGGAGCAUCGUGUAGUCAGCUGUGUGGUCACUGUAAAAACCAGUCAACGUGCAACACCGUGACGGGAGUCUGUUCAGACGAGUGCGAGGAUGGUUAUCAUUCACCACACUGCAAUGAAACAUGUCCAGCUGGUUCCUAUGGGGCAUCAUGUAGUCAGCUAUGCGGUCACUGUAAAAGUCAGUCCACGUGCAACGGCGUGACGGGAGUCUGUUUAGACGGGUGUGAUCCCGGGUAUGAUUCACCACACUGCAAUAAAUCUUGUCCUUUUGGUUCCUUUGGGGCAUCAUGUAAUCAGCUAUGCGGUCACUGUAAAGGUCGGUCCACGUGUAACGGCGUGACGGGAGUCUGUUUAGUCGGGUGUGAUCCCGGGUAUGAUUCACCACACUGCAAUGAAACAUGCUCUGUGGGUUCCUUUGGGGCAUCAUGUAAGCAGCUAUGUGGUCACUGUAAAACUCAGUCCAACUGCAACAGUGUGACAGGAGUUUGUUUAGACGGGUGUGAGGAUGGCUAUCAGACUCCCAACUGCAAUGAGGUGUGCCCUCAAAACACCUAUGGUCCCGACUGCAAUAAGCCAUGCGGUCAAUGCAAAGACAAAGAUUCGUGUCACCCCGUAACAGGUAGAUGUCUCAACGGAUGUCAGGAUGGUUAUCAACAAGUCACUUUGCGAUCAUGUCCAAGUGGCUCGUUUGGUCCAGACUGCAGUAAGGAAUGUGGAUUCUGCAAAAUUGCAGGUAGCUGUAACUACAUCACGGGACAGUGCCUAAAUGGCUGUCAGGAUGGAUAUCAAGGCGAUCUUUGUGAUACAACUUGUUCUUCUGGUACAUACGGCCCUGCUUGCACAAAGGUGUGCGGUCACUGCAAAGAGGGAUCAGCUUGUAAUUAUAUCAAGGAGUAUGUCCAAAUGGCUGUGAAAAUGGCUAUACAACAGACUUUUGCACUUCAUCUCAAGGGAAAACUUUGUCUUUCUGACUCUGUUACAACCGCAUUUUUGACUCUUAUUACAGUCAUCGCCAUCUGGUUUCCUUAAACCUUUGUGGGAAGAAGACAGAAACAAUCCAUAUUAUAAACUUACAAGUGGAGUAGUGUAUUUUUCCAAUAAGAUCUUUCACUAAACUCUAGUUAUCUCAUUAAUUACAUGUACUGAAGCUUCUAUUGUGUGAUGCCUGACUUGAGCAUUUGCAUUUAUGUUGCUUGAUUGACACUACUAACAUUUUAUCUUGGUGCUUCUCAAAUAGUGUCUAAUAAUUUCUCAGUCUUUUUAUUAUUUUUUAUGUAUAAAAUGAUAGAGUAUAGAUCGAAGUCAAAACUUUACAUGCAAAUCGUGGACUUUUUUAUGCUGGGUCUGAGUUUCAAAGGGAUUACAGCUUCACAAUAUAUUUUACUAAAAUCAAAACUUUUCGUAAAAAUCUAUGAAUUUCGGACUGUUGAAAUUAUUUCAGUUUGGUGAAAUUAUUUAGUGUUACUCGGCAGUGAGUCGCAAUUGCAACAUUAAAAAGUAGCAUACGAUGUAUGAUGUCUAAUAAAAAUUUUCCAAGUGAA